CCCGCUCUGUGAGAAUUUGGAGCCUUCGGCCAGGGGGCCGAAGGCAUCCCUGUGCGUUGUGCGGACUGCUUGGUACUCUGGGCGCUGUGAUUUGGGCCUGUUGGGCCUUUGCUGGAGUAGUAGGUUUCUGUGGGCCGGGGGUUCCCGGGCCAUAUACUCCAUCAGGAGUCCCUCACUCCUUUUGCCGAAAGGUACUUGAGGGAAAAGGAGUAAUUCGUGCUUGCUCUUUGAUGUUGUCCCGUUGUGAUCUCUGAAGUUGGUGAGGAGUUGUUGCUUUUAUGUCCCUGCCGAAGGCAGUCCCUCAGUUACCCACAUGUCGGGACUUGAGGGCUUGCUUUGUUGUUUGUUGGAAUUUCACAGAUUUUCCCGAAGGGGUCCUCCAGUCCCCCACUCCUUGAGGCACUUGUAAAGUGGUGAAAAGGAGUAAAGUAGUUACGUUGCCGUUGUGGGCCGAAGGCUGACGCUUUUCGUUUCAUUUUGGGGGGAUGCCUCGUUAAAAACCUCAUUAGGAAAAACCCUUUGGGAAAAAAUCCUAAUGAGGGAAAAAGAGUGCACCGAAUUCCCCCAAUGAUGAAUCGAAAAUGUCAAACCUUGGUGAAAAAUGGAAAAUGACGGGAAUGCCGAAGGCUCUCUCUUCUGAGGGCUCCUGUGUUGAUUAGCCGAAGGCUUGCUGUUGAUGUCCUGGUGGUGCCGAAGGGGAGCCCCUCAAUCCAGGGAUCGAGGGCCUGCCAGAUGAGGGCAGCAGUGAAGUUGUUACCGGGGGGUCCACUGUUUGUUGAUGAGUUGGUGAUGAAGAUACCCGAGGGCUCCCAUUACCUGUGUGCCAUGGGCCAUCCGUCAAUGAGGCACUCCCCGGGGGCUACCCGGUUUUGUAGUGCUGAGGGGGAAACCCCGAGGGGUGCCCUGAUAUGCAGCCCUAGGGAUCUGAAGGAGUGAUCCCGAAGGCGUGUGUAAUGUGCUGUGUGGGGCACAACCCGGGGGCACUUCUGGGUGAGUGCACCCGGAGGCAAUCCUUGAUGAAGUGGAGUGAAGUAGCAAAACCCGGGGGCUUCCAGAAUAUAGUCGUUGGAAAUAUAGCCGUUGGAAUAUGUAACGACAGGAUAUAGCCGUUGGGGGGGUGGCAUACGUGGCGUGUGAUGGUUGGCUGUUCGUGGGCGGCGUCACUGGUUGGGUGAAACGGCGGUGUGUAAUGAUGGCGGUCCGUCCGGAGGCCUGGAAUCCAGGCCCAAGCCCGGAUUCAUCGCCUAUAAAUACCCCAAGGCCAAGCAUUCCUCCGUGUGCGAAAAACUUGUUAGCGAAGCUCUGCCAAUUUUUCUAGAGAGAGAAACAACAGCCCCCGAUUGAAUCCUCUGUCCUUAAGGUCAGUUCUCCAGUUACCCUUCACCUCUUAGCUACCUGUAUUGCGCCCUUAGGCUAGGAGAUAGAACAUUUAGAAAACACUAGUUGUACGAGCCUUCGAACUAGAGUCAGAAUGUCGUCCCAGAGUGAUUCUCAAGAUAUCUCGGGGGCGCCCUCGGUGGAGGAUGAAGUCCUCUCGGACGUGGAGUCCUCAAGUGCGGAGUCCUCGGUGGGACAGGAUGCCGUCAUUGCCCUGGAGUUGCAGAAAGCCCUCGUAGCUGAGGCGGAGGCCGAGGGCUUUGAGCAGGAAUGUGAAGACGAAGAGUUGGCCAUCGCCUGGCAAGCAGCUAAAGAGGAGGCACAAAAGGAAAGCGAGAGGGUCACCGUUGCUGUGCUCCCCCCUCGGGGUGCCGGGGAGGCCAGCACCUCUCGGCCGCUGAAUGCGGUCCCCCUCCGGGUGGCCCCCGGGAAGAAGAAGGCCAAGGCCGCUGUUCCCAAGAAGAAGGGCAGCGUAGCAGAUCAAGGGAAGCCCCUCGAUAUGCCCGAGGGGUACUCCUAUCUCAACACCGCCGCAUUGGAGAUCAAGUCGAAGGUUGAUGCGGCGGACAUCUAUGUCACCCAGCUUCACGUGGGCCCCUCGGCCAUCGUGGUGACACCGGGUCCGGAUGACGUUCUCUCCCGGGCUCGCGAGGGCUGCAUUGCGGUGCACGUCCUCUCAGUAUCCAUGGGGCUCCGCUUCCCCCUGCACCCCUUCCUCCGGGAGUAUCUUCGGUUCGUUGGCCUGGUUCCCUGCCAGCUGACCCCGAACAGCCAUUCUUAUAUCACUGGCUUCCUUCAGCUCUGUAAGUCCCGGGGGGUGACGCCUAGCCUGGAUCUCUUCUUCCAGAGCUUCAACCUGUGCCGGGGGGGCACGCGAAUGCCGAGGGAUUCGCUAAUCUGCAGCAGGUAUCCGUGUUCAAACUCUUCACCGAGGCGCCCUCCUCGAACAAGGGGUGGAAGGACCGGUGGUGCUAUGUGAAGCAAGCCGAGAGCCCCUUCCCGAGGGAACUGCGUGACCGCUUCAGGAGGCACGAGAAGAGGAGGAGCGCCGCCCUCGAGAAAGAUGGCAGGAUUCUGGCCAUGAUCCCGGAGGGCCGGGACAAGAAUAUCUCCAUCAAGGACUGCACCAAAGAAGCAGAUCUCUACACCCUCGGGUUCCGGCGGUACCGGUUCCUGGGGGAAACUGAUGAGAAGUUCCCAGUGUUUGAGGGAGCCUCCGGAGGUAGUAGCUGAGGGCAUUCUCACCCUCAUCUUAGCACGUUUGUCCAUUUGUUUUGUUAAUCCUUUAUGCCACUUAAUAGUGACCCCUCGAUCCUAACCCCUCAUUGUUUUUUGCAGGUGUUCCAGUAAGUAUGAUGAACGUCAAAGGCCUCGCCCGAUUCAAGAACAAACCGGCCAAGGAUCCGAAGGGGCCGGACGCAGGUGGCCAAAAGCCCGUCGGUGCGCCCCUCAAAAAGCCCGAGGGCGAUGCUGUUGCGGCUAAGAGAAAGCCGUCAGCAAAGGAGCCCCCCCAAGCCCCUAAAAAGUUAAAGAAGGGGGAUGCCGCGAAGGAUGACCCCCCGGUGGUGAUUAUAGAUGACCCUCCGGUGAUGCCGACGGCGCAGGUGCCGGGGGUGGUCCGGGAGCCAUCUCUCGAGGUCCUCACGCUCUCCCUCUCGGCUGGUACGGCCGUGUUGAAUGGCACAGCCGACCCGAGGGCGCUCCUGAGGGGUAUAACCCUCGAUAUCGACAGGGCAGCUCUCGGGGCUGACGAUGAUCAAGCCCUUGAAGACAGGAUCCUCCGGUCUUCCCUCACGACUUGCGUUGCCCUCGGGGAGCAGUUCCGACGGCUGGAGGAAUGGCGCCUCCACAAGGCUAGGCAAGACGCCAAGAUGAAGGAGUUGAUCCUUAGGGACUCCCAGGCCACGAAGCUGAUGGCCCAGCUUGAGGAGGACCUCCGGCUUGCGAGGGCGGAGGCCGAGAGGCUCAGGGAGGAGAAGGUAGAAGCUGAGGCGGCCACUGUGGAGGCCGUAAGGAGAGCAGCCGAGGAGGCCGAGGCCACCAAGGCGAAGGCUGUCGCCACAGCCCGGGAGGAGGCCAUCUCCGGGUUCCUGGACGGGGGGUGGAAGACCGAGGGGCACAAGGCAUGGUUGUCUUCAGUUGUUGAGGCCUCGGUUGAUGAAUGGUCCGAGGGCCUAGGGGAGGAGUGGAUGGCCCGGAAGGGUAAGCAAUAUUAUGAUGGGGGUGAGUUCUUCACUCAAGCCCUCAUCUACCGGAGGAUGGCCCGCCAUCUGAAGGUUGAGCCGAAGGACUUUGAUCCGGCGGCGUACGGGCUCCCCCCUCUGCAGCCAGAUAUCCGUGUCCCUCUCCCCCCUGAUGUCGAGAGGCCAGACCUGGAGGAUUCCGAGCUCCGAAGGGAAGCCGAGGGCGACGAUCCUGAGGCUGAUGCAGAAGUUUCCUCGAAGCCAUCGGGGGAGGCCGCCCCCGGGAAUGACAUGAUUUGAUAUGUAUUCUGUAAUUUGAACAGUUUUGUAAUGGCCUCGGCCUAAUCAUUGUAAUAACUAUAUUCACUCUUUGUUGUGAUGAAUGAUUGAAUGCCUUCGGGCUUUGUAUAUAUGAAUUGUUUUUCCAAUUCCUUUCUGCUUGAAUGUAUGCCUUCGUUUUCCUUGAGUGUAUGCCUUCGGUAUUUUUGAAUGUAUGUCUAGGACUUAGAAUAUUUUUUUCAAUUGUAGCUUGCCCUUGGAAGCCUUCGG